UUUUAGAUUGGUAAAUUAGUCUAGCCGGUUAUCUAAACUUGUAGUAAUCAUGUCCGAAUAGCAACCGGGCACAUAGGGGACAUGGUCAGGGGCCUGUAUUCCAGGGGGACCCCAUUGAUUUUGUUAGUCACUCUCACUCAGUAGAAUUGCAGAAAUGUAGCUUUAAAACAGCAUAUAGCUUACCAUAUUUCUCUCUGGCCCAUGGCAAAAUGAGUAGAAUUGCAUGAAAUGUAUUAUAAAAUUGCUAAAUAUUCUCUCUGCCCCAUGGCAAAAUGUGUAAAACUGCAGACAACUUGCUUUAAAACUGAAUUUCCCAUUAAACGUACAUUUUUUGUCUUCAAUUUCAAGAGGGGGGGGGACAAAAAAUAUUGACCGCUUGGCCAAUCAAAAGGGUGGAACCGGUCCUGGUGUGACGAAAUAAACCCAUUGUUACGCAAAUGUUUGGAGAGGUCUCACGAGCGCACACAUUUUGAUGAUGGAAAAUUCAUUCCUACACCUCGUGCAAUUUCUCUUGCACAUUUAAUGUGAUGGGGAUUGUAUUGGUGCUGAAUGUAUCCAGAUAAUAAAAGGAUAUUCCAAAUAUUUUAUUGCUUUGGGUGACAGUUGUGCAUAACCUCAACCCGCAAGAAGACUAGCUGGCUUUUGGGAAGAGCAGCGGACAUGGAUUCUCAAAAACAGGAGUUUUGGAAGGAGGCUAUUUUGAAAGAAAAAAUUGUCAGACUAAAUUGGUUUCGAGAUAACUGGAUCAAACCUAAACUCGUCAAAAAGGUGGGUGAAAAACGAGGGAUGAAACUGCCACAAAUCAACGAACCUCAACGUGAAGCGAAACCGUUGAAAACGCUGACCAGAGAUAGGGCGCAGGUCAAAAGUAGAGAUGAGAAGGUCCUUAUUGAUGUGAUGCGGCCGGUUUCGGGAGAGACUCGGGAUGUGCUGUAUGAUGGCUUUUCGUUAGAGGAGACUGGACGCUACAAAUACCUCCUCCUCAGGAAGCAAAAGGAUCCUGAGGUCAAGUACCUCUACCCUAUAACCAGCAACUGGCAGUAUGGAUGGGGUCUGGGUGACAUGAACAAGGCCUACGUCCCGAUGUACGCACUCAACGCCAUUGUGAAAGAGAGCUUUUUCCGCAAGAACGGCGUCUUCCCUCGCACCGCCACCUCAGACACCGUGGCGUGAUGGUGCCUACCCGGAUCGCACAGGACUCAACUGACAAUACAGACCCAACGCCUGCGCAUGGUUUUGUGAAGACGAAAAUGAAGCUGAUAAAUAGAAUGUGUAAAAUAAAAGGGUGUUUCUGGAAA